AUGGCAGCGCCGCGUCUUCGCGCCCUCUUUGUGCUUCUCGCUCUCGUUGCGCUGUCGUCGCUGUGCCUCUCUAAAGAAGCAUUCAACUCUGCGCCGCUCGCUGCCUCCCCCGUCGUCGGAGCCUCCGCAGAGGCUGCACCUGCGAGCGGCUCAGCGAACGCCGCGAGUGAAGAUGACGACGAUGAAGAUGAGUUCAUUUAUCAGGACGCCCCCGAGCCGGCAACCGCGCCGGCGACUGCGGCCUCGACAGCGGCCGUGAGUUCGCAGCCUGCCGGCGCGGCAAAGGACUCGCCCCCGCUUGCAUUUGGGUCGUCGCCGCGCGCGUCAGUGCCUCCACCGCCCAAGUCCUACCUGCCUGAGAUCCUCUUCGCAGUCACCGUCGCUGUAGUGAUUGCCGUGGCGGUUUGGGGACGCAAAAAGAAUAUUCACGUCGCUGACGCAUGGAUCGGCUCGGUCUCGUCGCUCCUCAAGGCAAAUUUCGCCGUCGUCGGCUACGAAAACUCCUACCUCGUGAUGAAGUCCUACAACGUCUUCGAACUCUACUGCACCGGCCGCAGAAACUGCUUCUGUCUCCACGGUGUCCUCCAGUGCCUGCCGCGCCAGUGCCUGUGGCGUCACUUCUUCGUGGGGCCACUCUUCCGCUCGCAAGCGGAAGACUCUGCCAACAGCGUCACGCUGGAGCUUCUCCUUACGCCCUCCGCCGAGCCGGGCGUCGUCGCAGUCUGCAAGCGCACUGAGCAGAAGCAGCUGAUGAGCAGCAACUGGGACUUGAGAGAGUUUGCCAAGGCGCGGACGGCGGCGAGCAACCCGAAGCUGGCGCAGCUGGGUUCGAACCUCGUCGCGUUCAGCGACACGAGCGACGCGCUGGACUCCCUCGUACUGGGCAACAAAACUGCGACCAAGACGCUCGCCGCGUGCGCAGAGUUCUUCCGCUUCCUCUACUUCUCGGAUGUCUGCUCGUCGAUUCAUCCGUCGCUGGUCCCCACCGCCGCGACCUGCCCAGGCGCCUCAGCGAACACGCGAACAUUCCGCGUGCUGCGCAUGAGCUUCUUCCUCCCUCCUAACGACCGCAUGGAAGAAGUCGAGCCGCUUCUCCGUCUCGCGCUCUUCCUCGCUGACCAAGCUCGCCACCUCGGUUUGAGCGACAAGAGCGUGGAGGUCGCGAAGAAGAUGCGCCUGCAAUACCAGAAGGAGAUGCUGAAGGAGCAAGAAGAGCAGAGACAGGAGCAACUGGAGAAGAAGCGCUCGGAGAGGAAGCGUCUGGACGAGGAGAAAUACCAAAAUAUGACUCCCGAGCAGCAGAGAAAGUACGAGGAGAAGGAGUACAAGAAGUCGCUCAAGCAGAAGAAGGGACGCUUCAAGGUACGGUCUCUGCCAACUCUCGCGGUCCUUAAGAUCUAA